AUGUGAAAGUUUUUCGUCGCAAGUUCGAUAUUAUGAAACGUCAUGAGUUUGUGUGGGAGCCUUACCCAUCAACCGUUAUGUCAUUCUUGCCUCCCGUUUGUUUAGUCGGAAGUCUCGCGUGGUACGCGGUGGUGCCACUAAUUUGUUUCCAAGUUAUUGAGUGGCACCAACCGGACAGAGUCUUGAGACAAUUUGGGAUGCAACAACCAGUUCCAGAGUCUCCUUCACAACCCCUAAACAUUCAUGGCAUAACAUUAAAGGGGAAACAUGACGAAAAUUGGGGGCAAUUGUUCGCCCCAAUGAUUCAGCAGUGGAAUAAUCGCCAUGCAUUUAGGGUCGACGCUUAUCCCCGACAAGAAGGCCUAUUGAGUUUUAACUCGGACUACAUGGUCUGGUAUAGGCGAAAGACAAAGAUGUUUGUUGACCCAGAAAAUGCAAAGACGGCUACAUUGGGUGAAGUUGCGGAGGCAUUACAAUACAUGGUGUCUCCUCAAGGGAGGAAAACAUGCACAUUUGAUGAUCUCGUGCCUUAUGUGGAAAAAAUUACAAUUUUAUCCGAAGAGCAAGAGAGAGUCACUGAGCCAGUGUCACAUGGUCCCGCAUCAGAGCGUCAAUUUCCCGCACAACAAUUUCACAUGCUUCAGUCAAGUAUUGAAACUCAGGGGAUAGACAGAAGAAGGGACACUGUUGAAGCGGAAGAAUAUUCCCAACAAAUGGCGGAGCGUGGCCAUGGAAUGUAUUACACGCCACAAACAUUUGCUGAGUAUCCGACACAGAUGUAUCAGUAUCCUUUUCAGGGUCAUGACACUGAUACUUCUGCAACCCAGCAAUCGUUUGGUGGUUUUGCGGAAACACAAGCUCAAUUUUCAUGGCCCACAAUGACCCCUUCACAGCAAUAUCAUGGGCCAAUUCCAACACCUAAUGCCCCGUUAGGAACAUAA